AUGUCUGACACCAAGCCUGUUGAGGAGACCCCCGUGGUCGCUCCUGCUGCUGAGACUGCCGUCGAGACCCCCGCGGAGACUACCGCUGAGGCUCCCAAGGAGACCGCCGAGCCGGCCGCUGAGGAGACCACCGCCACCCCAGCGGUUGAGAGCACCGAGGCUGCGGCUGAGCCCGCCAAGGAGGAGGCCAAGGAGGUGACUCCCGCCAGCGAGGGCACCCUGGGCUACAAGGCCCCCGGUCUCGUCAAGGGCCUCCGCUUCUCUAAGCGCUUCUUCUACUUCAGCGACGACGCUGUUGAGAGCAAGAACCUGACGGUCUUCCACCAGAACGAGAAGCCCGCGACCGCCAACCCCACCGCUGCCUGGGCCAGCCAGACCGGCAAGGGUCUGUUGUUCUUCACCAAGCGCGCGGAGGACAAGGCCACUCCCGCCGGCAUCUUCAACCUGUCCGAUGUCACCGACAUCAGCAAGGAUGGCGUGAACGAGUUCCUGUUCAAGGUCAACGGCCAGAAGUACACCUUCCAGGCCGCUACCGGCGCCGAGCGUGACAGCUGGAUUGCUGCCCUCGAGGCCAAGUCUACCGAGGCCAAGGCCGAGAAGGAGACCAUCACCUCCAGCGAGGGCUACAAGGCUGAGCUCGAGAAGCUGACCAAGCCUGCCGUGGCCGCCGUCGCUGUCAAGAAGCCUGCCGAGAAGCCCGCCGAGGCCAAGGAGGAGGCUGCUGCCGAGGACAAGAAGGAAGAGAAGAAGGAGGAGAAGAAGGACACUGCCAAGAGCCGCUCGCAGUCUCGCAAGCGUGCCAGCAUCUUCGGCUCCCUGCUCGGCAAGAAGGACGAGACUGCUGAGGAGAAGAAGGAGGAGAAGAAGGAUGACAAGCCCGAGGGUGAGGAGGCCGCCGCCGCCGCCGAGCCUGCCGCUGAGGCUGAGGCUGCUGCUGAGCCCACCGCUGAGACCGCCGCCGAGCCCGCCGCCGCCGCCGAGACCACCGAGGCUGCUACUGAGGCUCCCAAGGAGGAGAAGAAGGACGAGGAGAAGAAGGAGGAGAAGAAGGCCAAGCGCGCUUCCAUCUUCGGCAACUUCUUCCAGAAGGUCACCAGCCCUUCGACCGAGAAGUCCGAGAAGGAGGCCGCUGCCCCCGCUGAGGAUAACGCUGUUUCCAGCACUGCUCCCCAGCUCGAGCACCCCGUCGAGGGCGCUGCUGGCACCCCCAUCGAGCCUGAGAGCGUGACUGCCCCGGCCGACGCUGAGGCCGCCAAGGACGCCGCUGCUCCCGCUGAGGCGGAGACUCCCGUCUCUCCCGCUACCAAGGAGAAGCGCCGCACGUCCUUCUUCGGCUCUCUGGGUGUCAAGAAGGAGAAGAAGGCUGACACCUCCGACAACGAGGCUACCACUGAUGGCGAGACCAAGGAGAAGGCCAAGUCCUCCAAGCUGGGUGGUAUCUUCCGCAAGCCCAGCAAGGCCGUGAAGCUCGAGAAGGGCGAGGCUGCUGCUACCGAGACCGAGACCAAGGCCGCUGAGACCACCGAGACCGCUGCCGAGCCUGCUGCCACCGAAGAGGCCCCCGCUGCCACCACCGAGGAGACCCCCAAGGCUGUUGAGACCACCACCGCCGAGGAGGCCAACAACGUCAACGUCGCUGCCUCGACCCCGGUCCAGGCUGCUGCUUGA